UCAUAAAAGAUACAAUAAUAGUUGACUGAACAAGAACUGUGAUCACGUCCAUCAAUACGCAUCCACGCACUGCUGAGCCACCGCCUCUCAGAGGCGGAGCAACAUGCUUCAGCGUCAGAGUCCAGAAGUGAAACUCACAGUAAAGACAGCAAAACUUGUUUCUCUUCACAGGAGCGUCAAACUGAGCUCUACAGCCUUUCUGAGCAGCACAGCAGAGCGUCUUCCAACACGGGGUGCAGACAUGUCUGCUGCCACCUGUCUUCUAUCUGAAGAUCAGUUUCUGUGCUCCAUCUGUCUGGAUGUCUUCACUGAUCCAGUCUCCACACCAUGUGGGCACAACUUCUGCAAAAACUGCAUCAGUAAAAACUGGGAUAUCAGCUACAGGUGUCAGUGCCCCAUGUGUAAAAAGGUGUUCAGGAUGAGACCUGAGCUGCACAUCAACACUUUCAUCUCUGAGAUGGUUUCUCAGUUCAGACAUGAAGCUCAGCAGAAAGUCAGCAGCAGUAGCUCAGAGCAACAAGCUGCCAAACCAGGAGAAGUUCCCUGUGACAUCUGCACUGGAACCAAACUGAAGGCCCUGAAGUCCUGUCUGGUGUGUCUGGUCUCCUACUGUCAGACUCACCUGGAGCCUCAUCUGACAGCUUCACGGCUGAAAAGACAUCAGCUGAUUGAUCCUGAGGAGAACCUGGAAAGCAGGAUGUGUAUGACGCAUGAUAAACCUCUGGAGCUGUUCUGUAAGAACGAUCAGACAUGUGUCUGUAUGCUCUGCUGUGUUUUUGACCACAAGACUCAUGAGUUUGUUCCUCUGAGAGAAGAAUAUGAAGGAAAGAAGGCAGAGCUGGGGGAGACUGAGGCUGAAAUUCAACAGAUGAUCCAGAAGACAUGGCUGAAGAUUCAGGGGAUCAAAGAGUCAGUGAAGAUGAGUAAAGAUGCUGCAGACAGAAAGAAAGCAGAAGGUGUUCAGGUCUUCACUGCUCUGAAGGAGUCUGUUGACAGACGUCUGAACGAGCUCAUAAAGGAGAUAGAAGACAAACAGGAAACAACAGAGAAACAGGCUGAAGGUUUCAUCAAAGAUCUGGAACAGGAAAUCUCUGAGCUGAUGAAGAGAAGCUCUGAGGUGGAGCAGCUCUCACGCUCUAAAGAUCACCUCCACCUCCUCCAAAGCUUCUCCUCUCUCAAAGCUGCUCUAACCACCAAAGACUGGAAAGAGGUCAGUAUCCAUCCACCAUCAUAUGAGGGCACUGUGGUGAGAGCUGUGGAUCAGCUGAAGGAAACACUCAAUGAAGAGUUUGAAGACUUGUUUGAGGCUGAGCUGAAGAGGGUCCAGCAGUAUGCAGUGGAUGUGAGUCUUGAUCCUGAUACAGCACAUCCUGAACUCGUUGUGUGUGACGAUGGAAAACAAGUACAACGUAGUGACAAUAGGAAGAAAUGUCCACACAACCCAAAGAGAUUUUCGAAGUUUGUUUGCGUUUUAGGAAAGCAGAGUUUCUCUUCAGGCAGAUUUUACUUUGAGGUUCAGAUUAAAUACAUGACCAAAUGGAUAUUAGGAGUGGUCAGAGAGUCAGUCAACAGGAAGGAAGCCAUCACACCGAGUCCUGAUGAAGGUUACUGGACUGUAGCGGAACAUAAAAACAUUUGUGUAGCUCUUGAUAAACCUCAAGUCUGUCUUUCUCUUCAGUCUGUUCCUGAGAAGGUGGGGGUGUUUGUGGAUUAUGAGGAGGGUCUGGUCUCCUUCCAUAAUGUAGAUCAUGCAACUCUUAUCUACUCCUUUACUGGCUGCUCCUUUAUGGAAAAACUCUGCCCACUCUUCUAUCCCGGUGUUAAUGAUGAUGGUAAAAACUCUGGACGUCUGAUCAUCUGUCCUGUGAUGGUGGGUGAUGGCAUCAGUGAUAAUGAUGAGGAUGAUGAUAACUGAUCAUCAGUCAGUCAGUCUGAUCUUUUUUCAUGAAGAGAUUGCAUCAAUUAAAGAUUAAUCGUAACAUUAAACCAACACAGAGAAGAAGUCCUAAGAACAGAACUGAGCAACUCAAACCUGCUGAUGAAAACCAUGAUAUUCAGUCAGAACCGGCAGGUCAAGUCAGCACGCUGAACUUUAAUUGAUUUGUUUGUUUUACUGUUUUCAACCUGAUAACAGUAUAACCCAUUUGUGUAAUUUCAGUUUGAAAAAGACCUUUCCUUAAUUUUCUUCCAGUGUUUUAAGGCACAGAUGUUGUGAAAUAUCAAACAAAAGGAUUCAGAAACUCUUCUGCUGUUUUAAGGUGUGCACUUAAAUAAAAAUAAAAAAUAAAAAUCUGAACUUUUGUUUUCUCCUUUCAUGUUUUUUGAUGAUAAUCAGCUGCUGAACUCUAGUCUUCUUCCCUGUAAUGUGGCAGCAGCAUAUGAGGUGAACAGUUUGGGAACAGGUUCGUGUCUCUGUUCUCAUGGAGAAAAUGAUCCAUUUGAGGAAAUUUCAUUCUGAGAAUGCCGAAACUCUCCUCUGCUUUCAGCUUUUACGAGUGCAAACAUUCAAACAUAUACUGUUCACAAAUAUGAGUACAAAUGUUAAUAUUUAAUUAUUUUCAGGCCUGCAGUCAAACAGAUUCAUGUCUUUGUUCUCCUCAUCAAAUUCCAAAUCAUCAUUAAUGAAGCAGAUUUAAACGUUACAUUUAAAUGGGAAAAAAUAGCUUCUAACUGUUAGUUCAGGUUUUAUCAGGUGGCACCAACACAUUCGUCUGAAACACAUUGACGUGUUUAUGAUUUGUUCCUGUAAAUCUGUAUUUCUUAUUGAUGCUCAGAUCAGACAAGCCCUGCAGGACAGCUUUCUGUAUUUCAUCCAAUAUUUCAAUAAAAUUGAUCUCUGUUCAUUUUAAAGUGGUAAUGUUUGGAAAGUUUGAGAUAUUUCCUAAUGUUGAUGAACAGUUUGAGUCUUGAAGACAUAAAACUAUUGUAGUUAUAAACUGUAAUGAAUGUUUAAUGGCAGCAGAAUCAGAUGUGUAAAAACUAAGAUGUACUGUUCAUCUGAAGAUAUCUCAGGCUGUUCUUCAUCUGUUUUGUAAAUAAGACUUUCUACUUUCUGCUCUGUUUCAAGGAAGAUAAAUAAAGACUCGUCUUUCA